UGCUACUCAAUUCUGGAAUUCAUGUGCCUUAGAUGAAGCUAAGACCCUUCAUUAUCGAAUUCUUUACAAUAGCUUUACUUGUGAUUUAAUACUCUUAUUAAUACCUCUAUUAGGAUUAGUAAUUUAAUUUGGGCUCGUUACUUGUUUGAUGUAAUGCCUGAGAGGUAACUAUGUUUAGUGGGAUAGCAAGUAGAUUUGGAUUGAUUCCUUCAACAGUUAAAUUUAAUGCAUGCAUAAAUUUUGAGAUUCUGAGCUUAUGAUUUUAAUUGAUUGUGUUAAGUUAAAAUGGUUCUGCUGAUCUCUGAUUUAAUUGAUUGUGUUAAAUUAAAAUGGUUCUGCUGAUCUCUGAUUUAUUUUUGUACAAUACCCUUAAAAAUAUCUCAGUUACCUGUUUGAUGAAAUGUCUGAGAGGAACUCUGUUAAGUGGGAUAGCAUGAUUAGGGGCUAUACUGAGAAUGUCAUGCUAAACGAGGCAUGUUUGUGUUUCAUAAUGAUGAUUUCUGCUAGUUUUGUUACCCCAUCACUGUGCAUUUGGUAGUUCCCUUCGAUUUAGUCUUAUGGAAUGCUAUGAAAUGGAUUUUUGUGAUGUAAGUAGAUUUGGGUUGAUUUCUUCAACAGUUCAACUUAGGAUGGAUCAUAUGCUUUGUCAAGAAAUAAAAUCAUGAAGCAUCAAAUUAGUGUUUAUGUCUUACGACUGUAGAGCUUUCAUAGCUCUCAAUUGUAAUUUCUUUAGUUUGGACUUAAUUUCUUUAGUUUGCUACUAGUUUUGUUUGAUUAUUCUUCUUUUCUGUAUUCUGUUUUUUGUUUACUUGUUCACUAUUGUUCUCAUUCAGUAUUUUACAAAACUGCAAUUGGUUUCUCCACCAAAAGAUCUUUGAAUAUAUAUGUUUGAAUUAGCAUACAAUAUACACUGCCAUUGCUAUAUUAUUGGGGCAGUUUACUGUUUUUGUUUUUCUCAAAGUUUAUGAAAUGGGAUUUGUAGGUUUGUGAAGGUUCCACAGUUAGCUCAUUGAUUUGUAGAUUUUUAGGUGUCUCUGGUGAACAAGCCAAUGCCCGCUAACGUUCAUCGUAUUCUCAGCACAGUCGAGAGGAUCUCCAAUUUUUGGCCCAGGACAUGGUUUCUCAUGUAAUUAAGAGAAUUGGAGCUGUUAGGAGUAGAUAUUUGGUUGAGUUCAUGUGGGAAAAUCACUAUAGAUACGAAUCACAUUUUUCGGUUUUGAAUACCCUUAUGCGAGGCUUCUUGAAUGCUGAAAUGGGAUAUGAGGCUUUGCUGAUUGUGAAUAAGAUGAGGGAAGUUGGAGUGAGUCCAAGUUCAUCAGCUUGUAGAAUACUGUUCAAGUUAUUGAUUAGAAAUGGUGAGUAUAGUAGUGUGUGGAAGCUUUUCAGAGAUAUGGUUAGUAAAGGGCCUCCCAUUUCGACUCAUACGUUUAAUGUGAUGAUUCUCGGGUUUUGUCGAACAGGGUUUCUCUCAACUGGUGAGAGCUUGUUACAUGUGAUAAGGAAAUUUGGUUGUGAGCCUGAUGUUUAUGGAUACAACAUUGUAAUCAAUGCUAAUUGUAUGAUGGGGAAGAUUUCAAAUUCACUUGAAUGGAUUCAUUUUAUGAUUUCAAAUGGAUGUGAGCCAAGUAUUGUUACUUUUAAUACAGUUAUAAAUGGCUUAUGUAAAGAGGGAGACAUGGUGAAAGCCAGGAGUUUCUUUGAUGGAAUUCUUGAAGUGGGUGUUUUUCCAAACACAGUAACGUACAAUAUCAUGAUCGAUGGUUAUGUUAAGUCGGGGGAUAUCGAUGAGGGAGACAAACUUUACGAGGAAAUGAAGAACAAAGGUGUUAAUCCUGAUGGCAUGACAUUUAAUAUCCUGAUUGCAGGUCACUACAAGUAUCGAAAGGAGAACAUUAGGGACAUGUUGUUAAGGGAUUUGGUAGUACAGGAAGUGUUUCCAUUUAGCUCUUUGUUCGAUAUUUCAAUUGCAGGUUUGUGUUGGGCAGGGCGGUUGGAUGAAGCCAUGGAAUCCGUAAAAAAUAUGCUCGAGAAAGGAUUUCCUCUCAGUGUUGUUGCAUUCAACUCUAUUAUUGCAGCUUAUAGUAAAGCAGGGUUGGAAGAACAAGCCUAUGAAGCUUAUUCGAUUAUGAGUAGACUCGGUUUAACUCCAUCGUCUUCCACAUGUGGUUAUUUGCUAUUGGGUUUGUGUAAGAAGGGUUGCUUAAACAAAGCCAAAAAGCUUUUAUGUGACAUGAUUGAAAAGGGUUUUCCAAUUAACAAGCUUGCUUUCCUUGUGCUUUUGAAUGGGUACUUGAGGACAAGGAACCCGAACGGGGCAUGAAAUCGCCCUGAUGCUGUUUCGGUUGGUAUCUUCAUCAAUGGACUGGCUAGAGCAGGUGUUAUGGAGGAGGAGGCAUAUGAUGUGUUACUAAAACUAGUAGUGGGAGAAUUUGUGCAUAGUGUUUCUGCAUAUAGUUUUUUAAUUAAUGUAUCAUAUAUCAUGUUUGUAAAAGUCUGAAUUGACACUAAAAAUAUCCUAUUAUCUAUUUGCAAAUCUAAUACACUAAAAUCUAUGAUGAAAUGUAAAUUUUUUGUGUUUUUGACAUCUAAA